CUAUUGUGUAUAUUGGUUUAGAAACCGAGUUCGGAAUACUAGUAAGCCUACUCGUUUAGAGGAGAUAAAAGGGAAAAUGUUUACCACGUUUAUAACUAUGUACAUAACAGAACUAUAUAAUAGUUUAGUAAAUUUCGGUCCUGUUGACCAAAAAGCAUAUUUUAUAGAUCUGGUAUAUAGCCUAAUACUUGAGAUGUUUACAAUUCAAUCAUUAACAGAUUAAAGGACUACUAUCUUGAUAAAUUAUAUUUUCGCCGUAUAUGGUGUACAAAAUAAACGUUAUCUAAAGACGUAAUGAAAAAGGUGGUAGCAACACAUGAAGUACUAAUACUAAGUAGGUGUUUAAUAGAGGGACAUGGGCUUAAUUCGUUGAUUUAUAAUGUCACAUUUUGUUUUAAAACUAAGCCCUUAAAUAGUUAGGUUUAAAAGAACGAAAAUGGAUUCAACGUUUUCUCUGAGAGAAUUUAUUGACAUUAACAAGGAUGUGUUGCCAGAACGUGUCAAGGUUACUGGGGGUGUACAGUGUGGUGAGGACGAGGAUUUACCAACAGGUACUGUCCUGGAUCUACAUUCAGUACACGUAAAACAGAUCAACCUUGUAUAUAAGGAGAAGGGAAGAAAGAUUGAAAAUAGAAUAGCCAUACACGAGUCUAAUCCAACAAAAUUCCAAAUUCUGGAUUACCACCCAGUAGGACAUGUGUACACUACAGUAAAGGAUUUGAUUGAAGUUUGCCCGUUUGUUGUAAAAUGUAACAAGACGUGGCGAAGCGAUGACGGAGCUUUUCUAUUAGAGAAAGAUGAGAUCUUGAAAUUAAUCAGACUUGUAGUGGGCAAAAAUUGGCAGAGGUUAUUAGAAUGUAAACUUGUUAGACAAAUGAAGCUUGUUCAGCUUCCAAUGGACUGUGAGGGACAUUUCACUGCAAAGAAACUAAACAACUUUUACACAGUGUCAGAUUUGGUACAUCAAUUUCCAAAAGAACGUAAACUCAAGCUGGUGAAAGGCGAUGUAAUAGAUGAACGAAAUCAAAUCCAAGGUCUCCCUCUGGAUGGAUUAGUCACGAUGCUUACACCCGACCUGGAGGUAGAAUACUCCAUGAAGGAAUAUCCUGGUGAUAGGCACAGGUUGGACGUCAAUA